CAACAGCAGCUUAUCAUCAUCAUCAAGGCUGCUGCAUCAAAUGAUUUGAAAAGGAAGGUCAAAUCAUCCACACACAUACACAUAUCACCUUCCCUUCUUUGAUCCAUUCCUAGGUGGUGACUAGCUAUAUAUCAUGAUGGUGAUGAAUAAUCACACUUGUUAACAAGUCGUGUUCGAAUUAUCUUGAGUCCCUGUGCAGUCUUGCACACCCUCAGAGACGGCCCUGUUUGAUAAAAAACCAAAAACUCUAUGGCAACUUACUACAAUGGGAACUCCGAAAUUCAAGGUGGAGAUGGGUUGCAAACUUUAGUUCUAAUGAAUCCCGGUUAUGUUAACAAUUAUUCAGACACCCAACAACAACAGUCAAACCAAGGAAAUUUUAUGUUCUUAAACAAUCAUCAUCAAACAUCUUUACAAUCAAACACUUCUCAAACACAACAAUUCGUCGGUAUUCCGUUGUCAACACAACACGAUAUCUCGGGCCUCCAUGCCUUCAUGCCACGAGUUCAAUACAAUAUGUACAAUCCUGUAGAAAUGGCUGCACAAUCUCACGAUAUAACACGAAUCCAACAAGGUUUAUCCUUAAGCCUAUCAUCACAACAACCAGGAUUCAAUUCCCAGCCUUUAGGGGUAGCCACAACAAAUGAUGAAGGAAGAGGAGCCCCUGGUGGGACCAUGCAGUCAGGAUCUGCGGUGACGAACGGUGUUAGUAGUAUGCAAAGCGUGUUGUUGAAUUCUAAGUAUUUGAAAGCAACUCAUGAGCUUCUUGAGGAAGUUGUUAGUGUCGGUAAAGGCGUGUUUAAGAAUUCGGAUCAAGCUAGUAAGAAUCUCAAGAGUUUGGUUAAUAGUGGUGAUGGAUCACCGGCUGGGACGCCUAAAGAUGCACCAAUUGGUGAAGAAACUAGCACGAAACACGGUAGUGGACCCGAGUUAACUACAGCCGAGAGACAAGAAGUUCAAAUGAAGAAAGCUAAACUUGUAAACAUGCUUGAUGAGGUGGAACAGAGGUACAGGCAAUACCAUAACCAGAUGCAAAUAGUGAUCUCUUGGUUUGAACAAGCGGCUGGAAUCGGUUCGGCUAAAACCUACACAGCACUAGCACUACAGACAAUCUCGAAGCAGUUUAGGUGCUUAAAAGAUGCGAUUAUGGGACAGAUUAAGACGGCUAGCAGGAGCUUAGGUGAAGAAGAUAAUUUUAUUGGUGGUGGUGGUAAAGGUGAAGGUGUAUCAAGGCUAAAAUUUGUGGAUAAUCAGCUAAGGCAACAGAGGGCUUUACAGCAAUUAGGAAUGAUCCAACAUAAUGCUUGGAGACCCCAAAGAGGAUUGCCAGAACGUUCUGUGUCCGUUCUUCGUGCUUGGCUCUUUGAACAUUUUCUUCAUCCAUAUCCCAAGGAUUCGGACAAACACAUGCUUGCUAAACAGACAGGGCUUACUAGGGGUCAGGUUUCAAAUUGGUUUAUCAACGCUCGAGUGAGACUAUGGAAGCCGAUGGUGGAGGAGAUGUACUUGGAGGAAAUCAAAGAUCAAGAACAAAAUGGAUCCAAUGAGAACAACGUCAAUAAAAGCGAACAAAGUGAAGAUAAUUCGUUAUCCAAACAUGAGGAAAGUGUGUCACCAGAAGACUCGAAACAGGUAUUCAACCAGCUUCCUCCACAGCAAAUGUCCAUCUCCAAUGCUGUCUCAACAUCUCCCACAAGUAUCAACUUCCAAAGCCCACCCGGCUUCACUCUCAUUAACUCGUCACAAAUGGAAGGAAUGACACAAUUUAGUCCUAAAAAGCCACGAAAUAACGAGAGGCAGCAGAAUUCUGAUAAUAGUUUUACACUAAUGGGAAACCCAACUGAUUUCAUGGGCAGUUUAGGUGGUUAUCCAAUAGGAGAAAUAGGACGGUUCACAACGGAGCAAUUCCAACCACAGUAUUCAGGAAACGGUGUCUCGUUAACUUUAGGUCUGCCACAUUGUGAUAACCUAUCAAUGUCGGGCACCCACCAGAAUUUCCUCCCAAAUCAAAGCAUUCAACAAUCGAAUGAAUUCGAAGCAAUGAACCAACAAUCUUCUUCUCAUUCCGCAGCCAUGUAUGAGACCAUGAACAUUCAAAACCAAAAAAGGUUUGGAGCCCAACCAUUGCCAGACUUUGUUGCUUAAUCUUAGAACAGGUCUAUACAUUGAAGAACAAGAUCAUUGGAGUUAUAUAUAGAUAUAGAUUAGCUUUUCUAGAUUAUAUAGAUGUAUAUUAAUUUUGUACCAGCAGAUGGAUAGAUUGGAUUGGUAUAUUGUAUGUAUCAUGUAAUGUAUGUAUGUAACACUAGUAAUAUCUUUGGGUGGGGGGGGUAUACAAAAGCAAUAUUUAUAAUCAAUAAUUAUCCAUUGUUGGAUGGUAGUA